GCCGCUCAGCACGACGACGACGACGACGACGACGACGACCGUAGACGACUAGACGGCGAUUGUUAUUAUUAUUAUUAUUUAUUUAUUUAUUUAUCCUCUAAUUGAACGCGCGAUAACGAUCCGCUGAAUCCGUAGUACAUCUCUCCGUCGGCCGCCGUAGUCAGUCGGUGCCGAUCGAAUCGCUUUCCCGGACUUCAGUCUUCAGCAUUAUUUUUUCGCCAUUCGUUUCGCUCGCCCUUCUCCAACUCAAUCGCGCGCUAACGGCGCCCGGACUGUUUCCGCCACGUUAGCCGUCGUGCGUCCCGUCGAGCAGCUUUCCGCUCGCUCCGGUUCACAUCUCUCCGACGUCGCCGCUCCUCGGUGGCCGCCUCAAAAGACUGAUGCUCGCUACCACGAGUCGUAAACCACCGCUCAGUGCCUUUUCCUCGUGCCGUCGUCGUCGCCUCACUUAAGUGUCCGUCUACUGUCGCCCGCAUCAGCUAUACGUCACACACCACUCACCACUUUAAUGCAUCUGUUUACCCUUUGCUGUCACUGCUAUGUUCAGUAGUAACUGUCCACACCGACUGGAUGAAUCAACUUUCCUGGAACACAAUGCCAUUGCUGUGAACUUGCAUAGGUUCAGAUAAUACACCAGGACAAUUUGUCAGUUUACUGUAACCAUACCGUUACGUGCCCAGAUUAAUAUUUAUUUACUGUAUAGAAGUUUCAUAAAAGCUGUUUGAAUGCAAGUCGCAACAGUAAUGCAUCCCAUGCAACAUGCUGGUGGAGUUGCAACUUAUUAUGCUACUCCUAGGCCAACUCAUCCACAUUAUUCAAGUGUAAACUUUCACGAUUACAGUGCAUCCUACUCCAAGCGUACGCAGUUGGCCAGUGGUUACAAUACUACCGGUGGUAACCAAGUGUUGAACAACACGAAUUUUGGUGGCAAAUCAGGCACGGUUCCAGGUCAUCACAGUGGCCCCCCCGGUAUGACCGGCAAUUAUGCUAGUGGCGCCCCUACACAGUAUCAUCACAGAGCAACAACUGGUUGGAACUCAGCGCCCUUACCAACACAGCAGUACCGUUACGGAACCGGUCCCGUGACACAAACCACCAUGUCACCAUACACAUCUUACAAUCCCAAUCCAACUACCUACACCAACAACAGCAACAACAGAAUACCAACGGCUUCAUCACCGGCCAACACCAACAGCAGCUCGAGCUCCAAUACUAACGGAGGAACGUCAUUGCAAUCGUCUAACCAACCGACCACAAGUUCUCCGUCAUCGGAAUGUCAAUCGGCCGCGCCGACUCAGCAGUUGUCCAAGACCAAUCUUUACAUACGCGGUUUGAACCAGAAUACAACGGACAAAGACUUGGUCACCAUGUGUUCGCAAUACGGAAACAUAGUCUCAACCAAAGCGAUAUUGGACAAAAAUACCAACAAGUGUUACGGAUUUGUUGAUUUUGAAUCGGGCUCAUUUGCUGAUGCUGCAGUCAAAGGUCUACAAGCAAAAGGUGUACAAGCCCAAAUGGCUAAAGUGGGUAUUCCAGUUCAACGUAGAGCGGCCACUCAGCAAGAACAAGAUCCAACCAACUUGUAUAUAGCCAAUUUGCCACCAAAUUUCAAAGAAAACGAUUUAGACACAUUGUUAUCAAAGUUUGGUCAAGUAGUGUCAACUCGAAUCUUACGUGACACAAAUAUGGUCAGCAAAGGUGUCGGUUUUGCUAGAAUGGACUCCAAAGAAAAGUGUGAACAAAUCAUUCAAAUGUUUAAUGGUAAUCCAUUGCCGGGAUCAAAAGAACCUUUGUUGGUUAAAUUUGCUGACAGUGGCCAAAAGAAAAGAAACACUAGCUACAGAUCAGAUUCUCGUUUGUGGAGAGAAUCAGAGAAUGGCGGAUGUGUGCGAUUUCCGGUACAGCACUAUAUGUUGCAGGGUUCUCAUGUUGGAUAUGAUGGCACUCACAAUGGUUUGACUGGAACAGGUGGUUCACAUGUUAUACCUGCUACACUGGCACAAUAUGUUGGACGUCAUUAUACUACACAGGCAUUACCUGCCCAUGGAUAUUCGAUCCCUGCAUCAUCAUGGUUGCCACAAUAUGUAAUGCAACCUGCACCACCACAUCAUCUAGCCCAAAUCGAAACUCCUGUAUGUUGUCAGAUGAUUCAACCAGCAGAUCCAGGUUCUGUUCAAUAUGGUUCAGUUAUACCGCAACUUGCUACACAUAUGUCUGCUCUACAACUCGGAAAUGGAUCAUAUCCAUGUUUUAGUACAUGGCCAGCCCACACCCAGGUUAUCCGUACUUCACAAGCUCUGCACCAAACAUAAUUCAUACAGUUCCAAUUCCAGCGGAAGAACAUCCUUCGACAACGGCAUCACCUGAUGACUCCUAUCAACAUUUUUCGCACAAAUAAAUAAAAAAAAUUAGGCAAAACAAAACCAAAGCCAAUAAGAGUAGGUAACUCCCAUUUUUGUUAUUACUUUUCAAUACCUAAGUUACAUUAUUUUUAUUCAUAUAUUUUUUAAAGAGUAUUUUGGCCAUUUCAAAAUUUAGUUAACGUUGUUUUGUUCUCGAAAGAAAAAUUAAUAUUACUUAGGAAAUUUCAUACAAAACCAUUGAAAAAUAUGGUCAACCUGUUAAUUCUGAGAAAAAUUCAUUUUUAAAUAUUCUUACAGUUUCAGAAUAACAGGGUGACGAUGUAUUUUAAAUA